AUGGCCAUGGACACCACACAGGAUGCGCCAGCACCUAACUCAGCGCCCGAGACCAAUGGUCUACCAGCAAUACCUACUGUUCUCGAACCACGGAUACCUCAAAAGAAAGAUACCUCUCUGCGCGAAUUCCUAGGAAAGAUGGACGACUACGCUCCUCUCAUUCCCGACGCCGUCACAGACUACUACCUCACACUCGCGGGUCUCCCACCACCACCCGAGACCGACCGUCGUCUCGCCCGACUCCUCGCUCUUGCGACGCAGAAGUUCAUUGCAGACAUUGCAGCCGACGCAUACCAAUACAGCCGGAUCCGUAGCACGAACACCACGUCCAACAAUCCUCUAACGGGUCUUGGAGGUGCCGCGGGAUUUGGAAUGAAUAUGCCGCAAGGCGGUGAAGGCGCGGAUGGCGCUGGAAAGGGUGGGAAGAAAGAUGUUGGUAAGGCGGCACCUUUAGGCGGACCACGUGCGGGAUAUGGAGGUGGAGGUGCAGGCGCCGGUCAAGGUCGGACUGUGCUCACCAUGGAAGAUUUGGGUAUGGCGGUGGGCGAGUACGGUGUCAAUGUCAAGAGGGGUGAAUUCUAUCGAUAA